AGAACACCUGCAUCAGCUGCCUGCCCCGCGAUUCCCUCCCCUCUCCUCGAGAUUCCAGAUCCAUACUCAAGUACUCGUACUCAACUCCUAAACCACACAAACACCUACGCGACGCUGUGCCAUUGUCCAUGCCGACCACUGCUAUCCACGAGACCGCAAAGUCCGCCCUCACCGCCGACCACCGUACUCUUGAAUAACACCUCGGCUCUCCAAACUCAUCACAACCAGCGGGCCUCAGGUCCCUUCGUGUCCUGGCAUCUUGCGCAACACGAACAACGCCAUACCCAGCAUACGAAGAGUCUAUCAUCGGAUACAACGUUUGCUUUGCCGACAAACCCUUCAUAAUGGCCAUGAACUUUGUCACAUUCAAUCAGGACUACAGCUGCCUAGCUGUGGGUAAGGAGCCGCUCGCGACAGAACACGCCAUCUGCCUGCUAACCUGGCUCUAGGUACUUCCAAGGGUUUUCGCAUAUACCACACCGAUCCAUUCUCCAAGAUAUUCAGCAGCGAUGAGGGCAAUGUUGCCAUUAUUGAAAUGCUCUUUGCCACGUCGCUGGUGGCACUUAUCCUUUCCCCGCGACAUUUGAUGAUCCAAAACACAAAGGUAAGCUCUACAGAUAUCCCGACACGUGCAAGAUGCUGAUCCCACUGAUAGCGAUCCUCAAUAAUUUGCCAAUUGACUUUUCCGACUGCUGUUCUGGCGGUCAGGCUGAACCGAAAACGACUCGCGGUGAUAUUGGAGGAGGAGAUUUAUCUUUACGAUAUAUCGAACAUGACUCUACUUCACACCAUCGCCACCUCGCCAAAUCCGAAUGCUAUAUGUGCGCUUGCCCCCUCGUCCGAGAAUUGUUACAUCGCAUACCCGUUGCCAAAGGCUCGUGAAGACACCGGAGACAAAAGGCCCACACAUGCCCCUUCCUUGACGGGUUUCGUGGAACAGACAACUGGCCAUGUUAUGAUAUUUGAUACACUGAAAUUAAAGCCUGUGAAUGUCGUCGAGGCUCAUCGCGCUCCGUUGUCCUGUAUCGCUCUGAAUAACGAUGGCACGUUACUCGCCACUGCGUCUGAAAAGGGGACCGUCAUCAGAGUCUUUGCCUUGCCAAAAGGGCAAAAGGUGUACCAAUUUCGAAGAGGUACCUAUCCAACGACAAUUUACAGUAUGUCAUUCAAUUUGAGCUCGACACUGUUGUGUGUCUCCUCGACCACCGACACUGUCCAUAUUUUUAAACUUGAGGCCCACGUCUCAAAGUCACCGGACUCUCCAAGCUCCGCGAACGAAAGGUGGAACCGUGCCCGCUCUCGAAGUUAUGAUAGCGGUGCUGAGUCUCCUACAGCUGACAACGGUGAGCCUGUGGAUCCACCGGGAAUUGCUCGCAAACCAAGCGGUACCUUUGGCAGCAUGAUCCGGAGGUCGUCGCAAAUGAUGGGCAAGAGUGUUGCUGGGGUUGUGGGUGGCUAUCUGCCUCAAGCUGUCACCGAAAUGUGGGAACCUCAGCGAGACUUUGCUUUCAUCAAAUUGCCAAAGGGGGAACCGGGCUUGAACUCUGCGGGUGGGCCUCUACGCAGUGUGGUUGCUAUGAGCAGUAGUAGCCCACAGGUGAUGGUUGUGACAAGCGACGGCGGUUUUUACAUUUUUAAUAUCGAUUUGGAGAAUGGGGGCGAGGGUAUCUUGGCAAAACGAUGCUCGUGAGUUUUCGCAGAGACCUUGAUACUGCGCCUGCUAAUUACUACUCUAGUGUUUUACAGGAUGACAAACUCGACCAGUCUGGAAUAGACUAUGGCAAUUGAGGGAGUUGUUGUAUUUCUUUACCUUGUGCGUAAUAGCGUUUUGGGAUCUCUUCUUAUGGAACGCUAUUUUUCUAUUCAUCAUCCGGAUUCAGCAUGAGCAAGGGGCGUUUUGUUUUAUACCUCGAGGAGCCGGAGACAAGAGAUAGAUUCUGAUCUCGGCUUGUAGUGAAUGAGCGGUUGUUAGCCGUUUGGACUUUAUUCAAAGUCAAUCCUUUAUACCCAAAGACUAUUCUUGUACAGCAUGCAUUUCUCCAUUUUAACGAGCAGAAAAGAGGCACAAAAAUUACGUUGUACGUUUCUGCUAUUCAAGUAUUAUAGCAUUGAUAUGUUUCUUGCAUCUUGUGGGUGCUCUGCCU